AUGGAGGUUCCAGCUCAAGUGACGCAGUGGCUAGCGCAAACCUACCCCAAACCAAGGAUUGACCCGGAAUGGCUUACUCCGUGCUACGAGUAUGUCAUUGAAACAUAUGGCCUCAACCCUGCUCGCGACCUCAACCGAAUACUCCAAGAGAUUGACACGCAACUGCUGGCCUCCAGUCUUGGCGACUCUAUGCUACAUUAUACUGGUAUCCCCCGCAAUAUCGGUGCUGCGAAGAAGGGCACCGUUGGUGUGCCGCCGGUGCUAGUGCAGAUUACGUCUAUCACGGAGGUUGGGCAUUCUGCAUUUACCCUGAAGAAUACUCGCCAGACUCGAAUCGACCGCGCUGAUCUCGCCGGUCUGGCCGAGGAAGACGGUGGCGAAGACGACGGGCCCAUACCGCGGUAUCCGCGUUCGAUGCUCAAGUUUCGCAUCAGCGACGGCUCAACGGAGAUAGAGGCCAUCGAGUACCGCAAGAUACCCGAACUAGAGCUUGGCGUGACGCCGCUCGGCUAUAAACUUCUCUUGAAGGGUGUGAAGAUACGGCGAGGGAUCGCAUUCCUAGAACCAAGUAACGUCAUAUUGAAGGGUCAUCGUGAAGAAGAGCUAGACAAAAACCGGGAAAGGGUGUUCUUGGAAGAUUUGCACAUGCGUUUACACCCCGACGAGCCCUUCGUGGAGCCGGCCGAUCUAGGCGCUGAGACACAGUUAUAUGGCCUUAAUGGUGGGCAUGCUCCCGCCCCAGAGCCCGCCGCCGUACAAGCUCCUCCACCCGUUGUUCAGCCACCGAUACGACCCGCUCCUCAAGCACCCACUGCACCAUCUAGAGCCAACCCCAGGCCCAAUCCCCCAUCUACAACAAUCCGGCCGCCCGCUACAACCUCUGCGAAUGCUGGACCAUCACGUCUGCCAGACACCCAAGCAACGCUCGUCAACUCUCCGCACUUCGCAUCAAACAAGCCCAUUCCUGACUCUCAGUACACGCGCGAAAGCACCGUUGUGGACGGCGACGCUGCCGAAGGCCACGACACAGAGAUGGAGGACGCUCAUCCCCCGCCAGCUCCCAGUGGCUCUGACUACUUCUUCGACGAUCCGGACGAAGAGAUGCUUGCUUGGGCGGAUGAGCUGGAGGCGGUAGCGCUGUCGCAGCAGCAGAAGCCUGCCUCGCAGCAACAGCAACCUGCUUCACAGGGCGGGUCGCAACCGUCCUCGCAAACGAUGCCCGGAAGUCAAGGGCGGCCGGUAGUGCGAACGGUCACCGAGCUCUUCUCCUCGCAGGGCUCUCGUGCGGACGAAGACGGUCGUAAAAGCCCGCCGAAGAAGCGCCUCAAGGUCUCAACUGCACGGAAGCCCAAGCCAAAUUCUCAGGGCCCGCCAGUACGGACAAUCACCCAGAUAUUUGGAUCCCAACCGGCUCGCGCACCGGCGCCGGCAGUGGUACAAGACGACUCGGUGGAGGAGAUUCAGCCCAAAUUAGAACCUUCAAGCUCCCAGGCGCAGGCGCCUAAGAAGCAAAGACUAGGGCAGCCCCAGUCGCAAGCAGCUGGCCCGAGUACGAGGACUCAAGAACCCGCACGUACGCAACGGCGAACAGAGACGCCUCCAGCCUCCCAGGCAAUCAAAGCUGAGCUUACGCAAAGUACGGCGGCCUCUCAGGUGACAGCGACGCAGACUGGCCGCGCGUCGAGCGCCGUGACUACCACUCAAGUGCACGAUGUUAUCGAGAUCGAUGAUACGGACACCGAGGAUGAGAGCAGUGCCCCACCAUCUUCGCAGUUUCCGCCAAGCAGCCAGUGGGAGCGUUACAGGAGAGUUGCGCCGGGCGUUGGAAGUUUCCUUGACUUGACGUAG